CGUGACGUGAUGACGGUGAGCAACUAAACCCGGAAGAAGGUACAGCUCAGACAGCAGUGACAAAUAAAUAUAAAUCAGCAGAAAAAACAUUAUUAUUAAACAUCAGACCUCAUAUAAACAAACUUAAACAGCACCAUGGACGACACGCUUUUCCAGUUAAAGUUCACAUCAAAGCAGUUGGAGCGUCUGGCCAAAAAGGCAGAGAAAGACUCAAAAACUGAACAAGCUAAAGUGAAAAAGGCCCUCCAGCAGAAGAAUGUGGAAUGUGCACGGGUGUACGCAGAGAAUGCCAUUCGCAAGAAAAACGAGGGCUUAAACUGGCUGCGUAUGGCAUCUCGUGUGGAUGCUGUGGCCUCAAAGGUUCAGACGGCAGUGACUAUGAAAGGGGUGGCAAAAAACAUGACACAGGUGACUAAAUCUCUGGAUAAGGCUCUGAACUCAAUGGACCUGCAGAAAGUGUCAGCUGUUAUGGACAAGUUUGAGACCCAGGUUCAGAAUCUAGAUGUUCACACCUCGGUUAUGGAGGACUCGAUGAGCUCUGCCACCACACUGACAACACCACAGGAUCAGGUGGAUGAUCUGAUUCUGCAGAUCGCAGAGGAGAGUGGUCUGGAGGUGAUGGAUCAGCUCAGUCAACUCCCAGCAGGAGCCACAUCACUGGCAGAAACAUCAGUACGCGCACAGGAUAAAGAAGACCAACUCUCUAGACGGUUGGCUGCCUUACGUAACUGAUUGUGUGAAGAUAUAACUCUUCUAGCUCUGAGGACUUUACCAGAACGUUGACACUUUGUUAUCCCAAUCAAUCUGUUUAUGUACACAUACAACACUCUUGAUAACUAGAAAAGAAAUACUCUCUUCCUCUCCUGUAUUAUCUGGGCUCUUUAUUGGACUGUAUCUCUGCCAUCAAACAUGGCUCUGAUACCAAUCAGAAAGUCACAAAUCUAAUCUUAUAUAUGCUACUUUGUAUGGAGCUUUUGUUUUUUAUUGUGUUCAUAUUUUGUGUUUAUUUUGUGCAGAUGUAUAGUUGCUGCGAUAACACGAGUGUUACCAGCUGUCACAGAUGUCAUAUUGUCCUAUACAGUACAUGAAAUGCAACAAACACAAUGGCUUUGGUUCUUCAUGUCUUUUUGCCAAACACAUGUGAGUUAGUAGGUGCUUCUUCCCAUCAGUGCCUCCAUCUAACAACAAUAACAUAAAAAAACAAACGCAUGUUCUUACAGCUCUGUGUUUACUUUAAUUUCUCGUCAGUUUCUCCAUGUAUUGGCUCCCUUUAUGGGUUUAUGGGUUUCCUUGUAUUUGAAUUUUUUGUGUGUUUGUGCAUUAUUGUGUAAAUAAAGUCAAAUAUUAGUACUGAAAAAUGUUAUUUGGAAUGUGACAAUUAGUGAUCGACCGAUAAGGGUUUUUUAAAAAUGUAAAUACAGUAAAUGAGCGACGAACAGAAAAUUGGUGAAACUAAAUAAACAUUUGUUAUGCAUAUUAUUUAUAAAUAUACCCUUUUAACGUUAAAACAUAUUUACAAGACAUAAUUAAUUUGGAUCUGACAGUACUUGUUGUACGGUUUGAAUAAGGCUUUGUUUAACAGUUGUUAUGUGCAACACAACAUAAUGUCAUGUUUAAAAGUGAAUAAUGUUCAUUUCACUGUCUGUCAGAUUUAACAUCUGAGUGUCUUUUAAUUACAAACAACACAUUUAAGUAACAGUAAAAAAUGCACUGGCCAAUCCCGGUAAUAAAUAAAAUAUCAAAAUAUUGGCCACUGCAAUAUAUCCAUCUAUCACUAGUGACAAUGCUGUUGUGUUUGUGUUCAUUAUUUUAAGGCUAGGAAUGGGUUAUACUAUCUCAGUUCUGUCAAGAUUAGGUGGUUUUGAGUUUAUAUUGACAGAAAGUGCAGUGCUUAAACAAUUAAAAAAAGCAUAAGUUUAACCAUGCCUCAGAGUAAAACUAACCUCUGUAACUGUAACCCAACAACAAAUGUUAAAACCUCUUAGAUUUAUAAAUAAAAUAGAUUUAUCUUACACCAUCAUUUUGCACAUCUACUCUCUAAAAAUGGCUGGGAUAUUUUUGACCCAUAUUGAGUAAAUAUUGGAAAAACCAAGAUGUGUUAAAAAUGACCCAAUGUUGGGUUGUUGUUAUGCAACUAUGUUAUAAUAACCCAGCGGUGUGUUCUGUACAAUAUUUAUCAAUGGAUCAAAAAUAACCCAGCCAUUUAUAGAUAAAUG